AUGUAUGUAGAUGACUUGAUUUAUACUGGUAACAAUGAGCAGACGUUUAAAAGUUUUAAAGAAUCAACGAAGAGGAAAUUUUCCAUGACAGAUUUGGGAAAGACGAGAUAUAUGGAAAGACCGAUUGCAGUUCAUCUGGAUGCAACAAGGAGAUUUCUUAGAUAUUUGAAGGGAACUGUGAACCUGGGAGUUUUAUACAAGAGGAAUGAUAAGCUAAUGUUGCAAGGGUGGUCAGAUUCAGAUAAUGCAGAAGAUUGUGAUGACAGGAAAAACACUACAUGUUAUGUAUUUAUGCUCAACUCAAACUCAAUCUCAUGGUCUUCAAAGAAGCAACCCAUAGUUACUCUCUCAACCACUGGAGUUGAGUUUGUUAUAGUAGCCUCAUGUGCUUGUUAA